AUGGAUAGCAAAGAGAACUAUUUUAACAUCAAAUAAAUUACAGAAUCUUUUAAGAAUGUUAAAAAAUAUUCAUAACAUUCUAAUACUAUUUUAGAUAUGUUUCUAGAUAUCAUUUAGAAAUUAGAUAAAUCAUCUAAAGAUUAUUUAUCUAAAGUUAUUCCUAUUGAUGAUGAUAAAUAAACACUUAGCUAAGUUGAUAAUAUUAUUAUCAUCAAUUAUUUCAAAUAAAUUGUCAUCUAUCUUAUCAAAACUAAGGUUGAAUUAGAAGAAAAAACUCAAUUAUAAGAAUCUUAAUCUCAAUAUGAAUCUUUGAUAUAAAAACUUGAAGCUGAUAUACGUUAACAUAUUCGAAUUGAAUAAUAACUUAGAAUCUAUACUGAAACUCUUCAAUAAAAAAUUGACGAUUUCAUUAUUGAAAGAGAAUAGUAAAAUUAAAUCAUUAAAGAAUAUGAAUAAUAAAUCAAAUAAAAAAAUAAAGAUAUUGUUAUCUAUUAAAGUGAAAUUCGUAAAGUAAUUAAUUCGAAUCAAUCUAAAUAACAAAAACUCAUUACAGAACCAAUUCUUGAAGAUCAUCAAACAAUUUAUUAAGUUAAUAAACUUAAUUUAACUAAUUAUACUCAUCAUCGUAAAAACAGUCAACUUAAUGAUGAUAAAUCUGCAGCUAAUAAUAGUAAGUAUCAUUAAUAAAAGAAUCUUAACUCAACAGUUACAAAAACUCACCAGAAAAAAUACCAAUUCGAAAGAUAUCUGUUACAAAUUAUGCUGAGACCAAAGCCAUUAAAUAACCUACACUAAUUCGAUAACCAUGGUAAAUGUUAAGUUAUUUUAUAAUUAGUCCUAUAUCAUAUACACAUUUAAAAACUGAAGCUUAAAUCAGUUAUCGGAGUAACAGUUAAGAUAGCUAAUAAGUGUUAAAAAAUUAAAUAAAAUGAUUUCACACUAUAAAAUAUUUUAUAUUACAUUUAUUAAGUAAACACUAUCAUUUUCAUUGAAUUUCAAAUCAAAAUUGGAUUGUAAAGUCAAAAAAAAGUUAUCUUAAUAAUUAUAAUUAAUGAGUUCACAGAUUAAUGAUGUUUUGAGAAAUGAGACAAUAUACUUUCGCAAAUCAAAUCUUCUUAGAAAGGCUACUAAUUCAUAAAAUAAGUUAUUUAGAAAAGGUUUGAUUUAAGAUAGUUUAAAUGAUCCAACACAUCCAAUUAAUUCCAUAAUUAAAAAUGAAGAUGCUUUUGUUCCCUAUUUACACGAAAGAAAUAGUUUAGGUCGCUUAAUUAAAAAACCAAACUUAUCAUCUAAUAGAGAAAUCACUAAUAAAUAAUUAGUUAAAUCAUCGCUAAAAUUGCCAAGAAAUUAAAAAAUUUGUACUUUCCUAUAAAGUGAACCUCCCAAUUCAAAUCGAUCCUAUGGACAGAAGACUAAAACAUAAUCAACAGCAGAUUCAUUUUAUUCUUUCUUUACAUUCAAUAAAUAUAAUCCAAAUUUCUUACUAAAAUCCAAAAACAGUGAACCAUUUAGUUUUAAAAAAUCGUUUUAUUAAAAAUAACUAUGA